GUGGGAUUUGAUCUGCUGUGCCAGUUAGAAAACUCUUGGUUAGAAGACGCAGAUUGUGUAAAUGACGGUUACGCAUUUUGUCAACUUGGAGUAAUCUUCUAGAAGGCUCCUAAAAAGAAGACCAAAAUGACCAGAACUGAAGAACCGCCAGAUAACCAUACUUCUGAAGAAUUUUAUGAAAAAUAUGAACCUAAAGAAAUCUUAGGAAGAGGAGUAAGCAGUGUUGUCCGUCGAUGCAUUCAUAAAAUCACUCGACAAGAAUAUGCUGUUAAAAUUAUAGACAUCACAGGUGGGAAUCUAUCCCCGCAAGAAGUUCGGGAGCUGAGGGAAGCCACUCUGAAAGAAAUCAACAUCCUCCGGAAAGUUUCUGGACAUCCAAACAUUAUCCAGCUGAAGGACAGCUAUGAAUCUCACACUUUUUUCUUCCUGGUGUUUGAUCUAAUGAAGAAAGGAGAGCUCUUUGAUUACCUUACAGAGAAGGUGACCUUAAGUGAAAAGGAAACUAGGAAAAUCAUGCGUGCUCUUUUGGAAGUGAUCCAGUUCCUUCAUUCCAUGAACAUUGUCCAUAGAGAUCUCAAGCCAGAGAACAUCCUGCUAGAUGAUGAUAUGAACAUCAAACUAACUGACUUUGGCUUCUCAUGUCAGAUGCAGGAAAAUGAAAAACUCAAAGAGAUCUGUGGAACUCCUGGCUACUUGGCUCCAGAAAUACUAGAAUGUUCCAUGGAUUCAGAUCAUCCAGGUUAUGGGAAAGAAAUUGACAUGUGGAGCACAGGAGUCAUCAUGUACACCCUGCUGGCCGGAUCCCCUCCAUUCUGGCACCGGAAGCAGAUGUUGAUGCUAAGGAUGAUCAUGAAUGGAGAUUACAAAUUUGGGUCUCCUGAGUGGGAUGACCAGUCAGACACCGUCAAAGACUUGAUUGCCCACUGUUUAGUGGUGAAGCCGGAGAGUCGUUACACCGUGCAUGAUGCCCUCUCCCACCCCUUCUUCCAGCAGUACAUGGUGGAGGAAGUCCGGCACUUCAGCCCCUUCCGGAAAUUCCGGGUCAUCUGCCUGACUGUCCUAGCCUCGGUCCGGAUCUACCUCACCUACCGCAACGUCAAGCCGAUCACCCAGGACGUGCUGCAGCGCGACCCCUACAGCCUGAAGCCGCUCCGCAAACUGAUUGACGCUUGCGCCUUCCGGAUCUAUGGACACUGGGUGAAAAAGGGAGAAGCUCAAAACAGAGCCGCUCUCUUUGAAAACACACCCAAAGCCAUCCUGCUUAGCUUGGCCGCUGAAGAGGAGCUCUGCUGA